AAUCUAACCGGAUGCCUUCUUCCCAAAUAUCAAGAAGGUAAAGAAUUCCUUGCCUUUUACAUAAACUCUUAGACUCAAGCAACAAAAUACAGAAAGUAAAAUGAAAUAUCGGAGACAACUUCUCGGUUGAAUUAUUGUAUAACCUGCUUCUGCUUCUGCUUCUGCAAUAUCAAACCUUGCUACAAAUGGCCUCAAGCCAAACCAGCCAUGAUUUAAUAGAAGGGCUAAGGACCUCAUGCAACAAUCUGGUGAGAAGAAUGAUGAGACUCCCUUUCGGCAUUCUACAUGACAUCUCAAGAGUAAUCGGCCGAGAAGCCACAGGAAGGAAUUCUUCAUAUCCAGAACCUCUACAUCAGCUUGAAGAAUUUGAGAUCAAUAUUCCUGAAGAGUGGUACUUUCUGAAUGUCUUUGAGAGGCAGUACGGUGAAUCGCAUCCAUUCUUUUACGCAAGCCGCUUCAUGGAGGCUUUGAAGAUAGCCAAAAAUGAGUCCAAGUUUGUUUUUGUGUAUCUUCACUCUCCUGAUCAUCCAUUGACUCCUUCGUUCUGCCAUGAAACCCUGUGCUCGGAACUGGCAGUGCAGUUUCUUGAUGCGAAUUUUGUUUCAUGGGGCGCUGUUGCGAGUCGAGGGGAGGGGCUGGAGAUGGCAAUGGCGCUGCGUGUAACGAGCUUCCCUUUCUGUGCUGUUGUUGCUCCAGCCACAGGAAAAUCCAUUGCAGUUUUGCAGAAGGUUGAAGGCCCAGUUUCCCCCGAGGCAUUAGUCGAAAUCUUACAGAGGACACUAGAAGAGCAAGGCUCUGCUUUCAGGCUCUCAAUAACAGCAGAAGAAGAAGUGAUCAGAGAAAAUCGCCGACUGAGAGAGGAACAAGAUAAAGCUUAUCUUGCAGCUCUUCAGAAAGAUAAGGUUUUUAAAAUUGCAUUGCAGUUACUGAUCAGAUUUCCAAAUGGAACAAAGAAGGAACAGAAGUUCACAAGCACUGACACAAUUCGAUCCAUAUACAAAUACAUAGAUUCUUUGGAAAUACCUGGUGUUGGAAGCUACCAGCUAAUAUCAAACUUCCCAAGAAAGGUUUAUGGUCAUGAGCAGCUGGAUAUGACGCUUCGUGAAGCUGGCCUGCAUCCUAAUGCUGCACUGUUCUUGGAGCUCAUUAGUUAGCAAUAUUGUCAAAUGAUUGCAUUGUUUCCACGACAGCUAACUGUAAAACGGAUUGGCAAGGCCGAUAUUACAGAAUUGGUUUUCAUUCAUUUCCUUAUUUGAGAUCGGAAUGUUUUUAGUAGAACAUGAAAGAGAUCAAAGAGUUAACAAGCUUGAAAUGUUCAGUUAAAUGAUACAACACCAAACUCAUGGAUUAUAAAAUAUUUAUAUUAAUAUUAUUUAAACUUAAAAUUAUUUUAAAAUAUAAAAAUAAUAUUCUAAAAUAACUUAUUUGAUAUAAGUUAAUAAAUUAUUUAAUAUUAUCAUUAUAUAUGAUAUUAACAUAAAAAAUAUGCAUAAUUAGUAUAUAACUCUUUAUUGUGCAUAAUCUUUUAUUGUUAAGUAUAAA